AUGACCUAUGACCUGGCCAGUGCCAUGGUGCGAAUAGUCAAUCUUAUCGGGAUGAUGCUGCUGCUGUGUCACUGGGACGGCUGCCUGCAGUUCCUGGUGCCCAUGCUGCAGGACUUCCCCGCUGACUGCUGGGUGUCCAAAAAUAAAAUGGUGAAUGACACAUGGGGACAGCAGUACUCCUACGCACUUUUCAAAGCUAUGAGCCACAUGUUGUGUAUUGGGUACGGCAUGUACCCCCCAGUAGGCAUGACAGACGUCUGGCUGACCAUCCUCAGCAUGAUCGUGGGUGCUACCUGUUAUGCCAUGUUUGUGGGCCAUGCCACUGCACUUAUCCAGUCUCUGGACUCAUCUCGACGACAGUACCAGGAGAAGUACAAACAGGUUGAGCAGUACAUGUCCUUCCACAAACUGCCGGCUGACAUGAGACAAAGAAUUCACGAUUACUAUGAGCACCGUUACCAGGGCAAGAUGUUUGAUGAAGAGAGCAUCUUGGGAGAACUGAACGAGCCAUUACGAGAGGAAAUAAUCAACUUUAACUGUCGAAAACUGGUGGCGUCAAUGCCUCUCUUUGCUAAUGCCGACCCCAACUUUGUGACCUCCAUGCUCACCAAGCUGAAGUUUGAGGUGUUCCAGCCUGGCGAUUACAUCAUCAGGGAGGGCACGAUUGGCAAGAAAAUGUACUUCAUACAACAUGGAGUUGUCAGCGUACUAACCAAAGGGAAUAAAGAGACCAAGCUUUCAGAUGGCUCCUACUUUGGGGAGAUUUGUUUGCUGACACGGGGCAGAAGGACAGCCAGCGUUCGAGCCGACACAUACUGCCGUUUGUACUCACUUUCUGUGGACAACUUCAAUGAAGUCCUGGAAGAGUAUCCUAUGAUGAGACGGGCUUUUGAAACCGUUGCUCUGGACAGGCUGGACCGCAUCGGCAAGAAGAACUCCAUCCUGCAGCACAAGGUUCAACACGAUCUCAGCUCUGGUGUACUCAACUACCAGGAGAAUGAGAUCAUUCAGCAGAUUGUGCAACAUGACAGGGACAUGGCCCACUGUGCCCACCUCAUGCAGAACAUCCCACCACAGACUCCUCCCUCACCUACCCCCGUUAUCUGGGCACCCCUCAUCCAGGCACCUCUCCAGGCUGCUGCUGCUACCACCUCGGUUGCCAUUGCACUGACACACCAUCCCCAUCUUCCACCAACGCUCUUCAGACCUCCAGUUUCUGUUUUGGGUUCCCUAAAAGACCCAACAACUCAACUUAGGAAGUUCCAGUCAUUUGUUCCGUCCUCCACAGCACCUGGUUCUUCUGGGAACUCUCCUUCUAGCACUCCCUCGAAGCUGCACUCUGGUGUGGACAUGCCAUUGCUGGCUGCUUUUCGAGCUCAGCACAUGACAUCAGUUUCUGGGCCAACAAGCUCUUCUCAACAUGCCUCAGAUAAUGCAGAACAUUCUGGACCUAAUGGGGAUGGGUCUCGAUCUAGUGAAGGAGGCACUAGUGUCUUUCCCUUCGGACCAUUCUCAUCCUCUGGCUCACCUUCUUCUAGCACAGCCCAACUUCACCCACAACCACAACAUCAUAAGCCCUUUCGAUCUAGCUCCCCACCCCUUUCUAAUCUCUUCCACCAAGAAUCUGUAAGUGGGAGUACAGGGUCAGGACUAAGUGGAGGAACAGUUGGAGCCUGUGGUGGUGCAACAGGCUGGUCCUCAGGUGGAGCAGUUGGAGGUGGGACAUCUAGUGGAUCAGUGGUUGGUAAUACCUGUGGUUUAAUUACAACUGGACUUAAUAAUUCCUCCUUUUGUCAAAGUCCUUUAUCUACCAGUUCAUCCAGCCAUCUGUCUGGUCAGACUCUUCAUAAUCAACCUCAUCCCAAGCCUCCUCAAAUGGUACCUUUGCAGCAGUUUACUGGAGGAAGCAGGACUACCAGUGGCAUAAACCUCUUCCAGUCCCCCUCACAAAGUUCCCCAACCUAUAGUAGAGGAACACAUAUUCAACAGCCUUCAGAGGGCUCCCCUUCUUCCACAAGUCAUUUUAACCUGGCAGGCUUGCAGUCUGGUUGCUUGCCCCAGCACAUGUCAUUAGAAAAGUCUGCAUUGGCUUCCCUAGCCCAGUAUGGCUCAGCAAACGCCUCUCCCUGCCUUACCCCGAUGGCACGCAGUCCCACUGUUCAAAGUCCAGUAGCAAGCAGGACCUUUCACUACAGUGAACCUUCAAGUGUUUCGGGAUCCCAUAGUUCUCUGCUCAUGCCUCAGUCCCCUCUCCUUCCACAGCUUCCCAGCCAGCCCCAAACAGGAAGAGAAUCUCCCCUGGGGCCCUUUUCUGAGGACCUAAACGUUUUAUCCAGUUCACACCCAUCUCUUCCCCUGGAGGUGGCCCAAGCCUUAGGUCACCAAACUCAUUGCUCCUCUGUGGAAUAUUACCCCUCACCAUUUUCUUCACCUACUCUUGUGCCCAAACCAUAUAGCUCAAUACCAGAACGCAUGACUCCUCCAAUACCGGAAUCUCCGGGACACUCUCAUCAGACUCAGUCCCCUAAAGCUUCACCGGCGCUGCCUCCACAGAGGGGCUCUGGUGCCUACUUGUCAGAUUUAGAACCUCAAACAACUCGUUCUAAACUUCCUUCAAACUUGUGAGAAUUGAUCACACCCUCCUGUGCUGCCCUGAAAUAACAAAACAAAAACAAAAAACACCAAGUAUCUUCAUUUUUUAUAUUUUUAUGUCCUAAUACUUCACUGUGGUCUACCAUUCAUU